GACGGUGAACGAACGGAAGGCGACGAAGGCGCGGCAGGUGCGUGAAAGUCCCUAAAGAAAAGUUUAUGUGAAAAUAGAUUGCCAUAGAUCAAAGCUAGUAGAGCAAACAAAGUGCGAAUUGAUAGCACACAAAACAAACUGGGCUAAAAAAAAGGGAUAAACUUGGCAAUAAAACUGCUAGAAAGAGAGCUGAGCUGAGCUGCAAGUGAUAGAGACAGAGGCACACCGAGCGGGUCAUCACAAAAUGUUGACCCUGUGGACGGCGCUUUUUUGCUGCCUGACGGGGCUGGCCAUGGGCUACCAAAGGCAAUCCGUAAACAAUAACCACAACAAUGCCGAGUCGAAGCCCACGCACUCCCCGCCCUCACACUAUCCCCACGGCCACAAAUGGAACGAGCCCUACUUUGAUCUCACGAUGCCCAGGAACAUUACAUCGCUGGUGGGCAAGUCGGCGUAUCUCGGCUGUCGAGUCAAGCAUCUGGGCAAUAAGACGGUUGCCUGGAUACGACACCGCGACUUGCACAUCCUCACAGUGGGCACCUAUACCUAUACGACGGACCAGCGCUUCCAGACCUCCUAUCAUCGGGACAUCGAUGAGUGGACCCUGCAGAUCAAAUGGGCCCAGCAGAGGGACGCCGGGGUUUACGAAUGCCAGAUAUCCACUCAACCAGUGCGUAGUUACUCGGUCAACCUGAAUAUUGUGGACCUGAUUGACGCCGAAACCAGCAAUGUGAUGCAGCAGUACUAUAACGACGAUGCCUUCUAUAUAGCCGCCGAUCGGGUUUACCAGUCCAGCGAUGAUGAGUUCGCGGGAAUGUUCGGGCCCAUUCAGACAGUUGCCGUGCCAACAGCCACCAUUCUGGGCGGACCGGAUCUGUAUGUGGACAAGGGCAGCACCAUAAAUCUCACUUGCAUCAUCAAGUUCAGUCCGGAGCCACCGACCCAUAUCUUCUGGUAUCAUCAGGAUAAGGUACUCAGCGAAGAGACCUCCGGCGGCCGUCUGAAAUUCAAGACCAUCAAGUCGGAGGAGACCAAAUCCAUUUUGCUCAUUUACGACGCCGACCUUCUGCAUUCCGGCAAAUACUCUUGCUACCCAUCGAAUACCGAAAUAGCCAGCAUCCGCGUCCACGUCCUACAGGGAGAGCGACCCGAAGCCAUGCAAACGAACGCGGCGCCGGCUGCCGUCGCCCUGGCCAGUUGGUCCUGUCACUUUGGAAAGGAUACGCAGGCGGUCAGGGUAAUUAGCACAAUGGUGGCGGCACUUGUAUUGUUGGAGGCCUGCUCCUCGAUGCUACUGCAGGGUGCCGGAGGAGGAGGAGGAGGAGGCGGUGGUGGAGGUGAAGGUGUAGGGAACCAAAGAGCCAGCAAGGAGGGACACGGAAAGCUGGAAAAGCUGCAAAAGCCGCCACCAAGUAACCCAGCACUCGACCCAAAGGAAGCCUGCGGCCACGUCAAUACUGGCAGCCGGAAUGCACGGUGAUAAAUUAAUGUCGCCCAGUUGGAAUUCCACCGCCAAUGCAGCCCCCUAAAUGCAAGAGAAGAAAUGAUUUAUGGCUAACAGCAAAGCACAGCACAGGACGAGAAGCAGUAGCAGGAUCUAAGGCCAAUGGGAAAAAUCAAGAGGAGCAGAAGUCGGAGAAAGGAGAAACAGCGUCGCGUUGAGCUGCAUGUAAUACCUUAAAAAAACCAACUAAUUAUGCUAAUGAUGCUGCUGCUCCUUGUAACUUGUAACUUGUAGCUUAUAAGUAAGUGUGUCUCUAAUUAAGUGGGCUGGGGAUUAGUUAGUUAGGCGGAAAUCAGAGCCAUGUACAUAAACUUCUCACGUAAAUUGCCAGCACCCUAGCGAACUUAGCUAAAUGGAAAGAGUUUUGAACGAAUCAUCAAGUUAGAGAACUAUAAUCAUGUGGUUUGCUUAUAGAGCCAUGCCUAGUUGGUUAAAUAUUGAAGCGUAUAUGCGAGGCAAUGUGUCGGAUAGUCCUUGAGUCCCUAAGACAAUAGCUAGUGUCUCAAGGGCUAUCCAGUGCAGUCCUCAAUAGAUUAGGAUUUCAAAGUAGUGCAAGUUUACUCAGAUUGUUGUAAAUAUUAACAGAAUUAUCUUGGGUGUGCGUGUUAACAUUUUAUUUCGGUUUUCCUGUAUAAACUAGACCUUAAGCCUUGUACAUAUUUAGUAUUUAAACGAAGAAUAGCUAUAUUUCGAUGUGAAGUUCUCCGAACGGUUCCUAAACUGAACAAAACUUGCAUGUCUAUUUCUGUGUCAGUAAUCUAAUGGCAACAUGGAGAAUUCAUGAGAAAUUCCUGCCAAAAACUCGCAUCGGUUUGAAGUGCGACUUCCCGGUCUAACAAUUUAUUUAAAAGAAUUUCACCAAGUCAUGUGGGCAGUUCCUGUUCCCAUUGCUGAAUGGGUUCAAUGCUCCAUUCUGGGCGAACUCUCCGAGUCCACUGAAAUUUAGAGCUCCCAUUUCAGCAUGUCCGGUUGCAUUUUUACCCCUUUUCUCAGACUAAGGACAGAGCUGGCAAGUCACUUUUCACUCUUGUCAACAAAAUAUUUGCAUUUCCAUUUGCCAAGCUAGCUGGCUGGCUAUUUGUUGGGUUGGGCUUGUCUUGAAGGACUCCCCGGGCAAGGCGAGGCAAGUCCUUCUUCGUGCUGUCCCACAUUUAAAAAUGUAUGGCCACUGUCCGGAGUCCUUAGUCCAUUGAGAACCUAUGGCCCGUGAGCGGGCUGAAUUUAACUGAUCAAAAUUGUAAAUAAACCUACAUAUACCAUAUGAAUAAACUAUAAACUGUACUCAAGUAUUUAUGUGGUAGUCAUACAUAACGUACAUACAUACAGGACACUCUCACACAUAAGUAUGCACACUGAGCGGAAAAAGGGUUACAUAUACAUAAAUAUUAAAAAUGUAAGCCGAACGCAUGCAAAAUUAGUCGCGACAUGUAAAUGAAUGUUUAAUGGGUAAAUUAAAAUGUUGCUAUGGAUGGGAUGGAAAUAUGGCAAAGCAAAAACAAAGCAAAAAUAUCCAUGAAAAUAAUUGCAAUUAAGCAAAUAAAAUAAUAUUAUAUAUAAGCAUAAAAGAGGAAAAAUAGCGAGUAAUAUCCAUAAUAACAAAGCCCCAUUGCCGAAAGCGGAAACAAAAACAAAACGUUGUUGACUUUUGUUGCAAACAAAAUGGCAACGUAUUAUAAAGAUUAUAAAAUUGUUUUUAAUUUUUAAGCGCGUAGCCACGUAAAUAUGGAAAUCGGUAUGAAAAAUUUCAAUAAAGUUUUUUUAGUUAUUACCAUCAAA